AUGCUGAAAGAUCGAAGGGUGACGGUUCGGGAGCUCUGCGAAAUGAUCCCUGAUGUCAGCAAGACCUGCAUUGACACAAUUUUGACAGACCAUUUAGGAUAUGCCAAGGUUUGUGCAAGGUGGGUCCCGAGAAUGCUUACGGAAGACCACAAACGGCAACGUGUUGAAGCGGCCCGCGAAUUUCUUCAGGCCUACGAAACCGAUGGCGAGGAUUUCUUGGACUCUAUUGUCACUGGAGACGAGACCUGUCAGUGGAAACAUCCAGAGUCGCCGAAGCCGCGGAAGUUCAAACAAACACUGUCUGUCGGCAAAGCUAUGGCGAGCGUCUUUUGGAACAGGAAGGGGUUAUUGUUGUGCGAAUUCAUGCCUGCCGGUACAACAAACAAUGCGGACCGCUACUGUGUGACGCUGAAGAACCUUCGCCGCGCAAUUCAAAACAGAAAGAGAGGCAUGCUCACGAAGGGAGUGCGUUUUCAUCAGGACAACGCUCGUCCGUACAUCGCCCGUGUAACAACCGAUCUCAUCAACAAAUUUGGAUGGGAUACUGUCACACACCCGCCAUACAGCCCAGACAUAGCCCCAAGUGACUACCAUCUCUUCCCUGAAUUGAAGAAACACCUGGGUGGGACGCAUUUCAGAACCGGAGAGGAGCUAAAAGAAGAGGUUUUAAGGCAUAAAGAAGAUGGUACACCGCAUGCAAAAAUGUAUUGA